AUGACGAACCAGAAGCAUGUCGUAUUCGACGUGGUCGGUACAUGCGUCUCAUUUGACGCAUUCUACAAUUGCAUUAACCGCGUCAUCGGCGAAAAACUGCUCGCGAAGAACAUCACCGCCCACUCCUUCGGCUUCGCCUGGAUGACAGCCGCCGAAUUGGAAUUCACCUUCCUCUCAAUCUCGGAGCGCUACCGCCCCUACAAAGAAAUCAUUACUGCGCUCUUCUACCGAUCUCUAUACAUGUGCGGGAUUGAGUCUCCGAGGACUUUUGCGACAGACGCAGAACGCGACCAGUGCGUGCAAGGAUAUUCCGAACUAGAACUCCGACCUGGCACCAGCGAGUGCUUUGCUAAGCUGAGAGCUGCUGGGUUCACAGUCUGGUGUCUGACGACCGGGGAUACAAAGCGCGUUCGGGGCUACUUUGAACGUGCGGGUGUUGAUAUGCCCCUGGAGAACUUUAUUAGCUGUGAUACACAGGGAUUGGCGAAGCCUGCAUUGGCGGCCUACCGACCUGCUCUGGCGAAGUUUGCAGAGGAUGACGUGAAGUGGUUCGCGGCUGCGCAUAUGUGGGAUGUGUCGGCUGCGGUCAAGGUUGGGUUCCGGGGCGCGUAUUGUACGAUUUAUGAGCAAGAGUCUUGCGAGGAGAUCUUUGAUACGAAGAUGGAGGUGAUGUCGAAUACGUUACCUGAUAUGGCGGACGGGAUUGUGGCUGCUUCUAGUUGA